AUGAGAAAUGUUCACUGUGUAUUGAACAAUGCUAAAUGUUGUGACUUUACAGAAGAAUCCUUCGAAGGAAGUGCAACAGUGAAUGCAGAUUUUGUUCGUGUAGAUAUCACAAGACCCGAAGGCAAAGAUUCGAUAACAGAAGUCCUUAUGCAAACUGCACCAAAACAAGAGGUUCUACAACGAAAAGUCCAACCUGCAGGGAUCCCAGUAAAUGUUGCUAUGAUAUUGUUUGACUCGACGUCAGCAGCGAAUUUCGUCAGACAAAUGCCUAUCACGAGAAGUUACUUGAAGACAAGGCCAACCGUCUUCCUUGAAGGAGAGACCAUUGUUGGUGAUGGAACAACUGCCCAGUUAUGUGCAAUGCUCACUGGAAUCCCCGAGGAAGAACAGCCCGAGGCACGCCGCUCGAAGCCGAACGCAAAAUUCGUGGAUGACUGGCGAUGGCUCUUUAGAGAUUAUAAAAAACGUGGGUAUGUUACAAUGUACUCGGAAGACUCACCGGGUCUGGGAGCAUUCAAUUUUCGAUUGAAGGGUUUCAAAAAUCCACCGACUGAUCAUUACGGAAGGCCUUUCUGGUUAGAAGCCGGUAAACAUGCCCACAAGCGUUACUGCUCCACCAACCAGCCUAUCCAUAAAGUAACAAUGAAGUAUUUUUUGAGCCUGUUUCGCAGUUAUCCUAACAACCCUAAAUUUGCCUAUCUGCCGUUUACUGACCUGACCCAUGGAAACGUGAAUGCCUUGAAAUACGCAGAUCAAGAUCUUACUGAUCUGCUGAAAACGAUGGAUAGAGAAUCAUAUUUGGAUGAAAGUAUUCUUUUUAUAUUUGGAGAUCAUGGUGUUCGUUAUGGAAGCAUGAGAAAAACUCUACAAGGAAAACUAGAGGAACGACUGCCGCACAUGUCAAUCACUUUUCCCACGUGGUUUCCUAAAAAGUAUCCACAACUGUACAAGAACGUGCAGCGAAAUGCCAAGCUAUUGACCACACCCUUUGACAUAUAUGCCACCCUUCAGCAUAUUUUAUCCUAUCCUAAACUACCAAAAGAAAUUAAAUUUGGAAAAAGCCUUUUUAUUCCAAUUGACCCACAAAAUCGUACAUGCGCUAGUGCUGGAGUUGAAGAGCACUGGUGCCCGUGUAUGAACCUAGAAAGAGUCCCUGUGGAUAGCUCAAUAGUAAAACAAGUUGUGAACUAUGUAGUGAAUUUUAUAAACAACUUAAUAGAACGAGAAGAGAAAUCAAAGAGACUUUGCCAGAAACUGUCUUUAAAGGAAAUCAAAACUGCCUUUUUGGAAUUGCCCAAUGAAAAAGUACAAUCAUUUCAACAGUCGAGCCAAGACCACAGAUGCGAUUCAUGUGGAGUAGUUCUUGGUCAAAAGGAUGAAAAUAAUUUAAUCAAAGAUACUCUUUAUCAAAUUCAAUUCCUCACAUCAACGAAUGAUGGCUUUUAUGAGGCAAGUGUUCAACUUAAAGGUGGAGUCCCCAGCAUCAAAGGAGUAAUAAGUCGUGUAGAUACGUAUGGAGAUCAACCAUGGUGUAUUCAAGAUACUCAUGUACAUCUUAUGAAAUUUUGCUAUUGUAAUAACCGUGUUAGUUAA